GAAAGUUAGAGGAAUGGGCAGAAAAAGGAAAAACCUUCGGCAAACCUGAAAAUGCCUGGGUAACAUCCUUCUGUUCUCCAGUAGGCUUGCCAGCUAACCCUCUAGCCAGCUUGCUAGUCAAGCGAAUAAAAUAAUCGCUAACCGCCGAGUUUCCCUCGGAGGAGAGCUCUAUAGUUUGCGGUUAAGCAUUGAUGGAAGUUGUAUACAUAGUUUGUCCCUUCUCCCACAACCCAUAUGUGUUACGCCAUUUUUCAAGAAGAGGCCUCUUGGAGAGAGCGAAUGUGUUAGCCGUAUUGGCUAACAGCUGGAUCAUGAAGGCCUUGGCGGCGCCAUUUUGAAGCCAGCACCUUAAAUUAGAGCUAGUCGUCCACGAGCAGUAACGGUCCUUUCCACCCCAAGUGUCAAAAUGAUGGUGAGAGGAGACCACUUCAUCGAGAAAAUUCACCCGCAAAUGGUUUUUUCACCACUUUUGGGAGCAUAGUUUUUGUCAUGUCUCGGUGCAGCAUCCAGGCGGCCUUUUGUUCGGGAGUGGCUGGCGGGUUUCACAACAAGGCCCGCUUGGUGGCUUUUCAACCAGUGUUGCUGUUGCUGAUGGAUCAGUGGACUUCAACCCCUUUGAUUUGGUUCAUAUAAGGCAAAUCUUCACUCCUUAAGUGUGAAUGAGUAUCUAGACAAACCCAACAAAGCCCCAAUCAAAAUGGCGUGGUCUCAAAAUGGACGCUCAGAUAAUCCACUCUCUCAUAGAGGGGAUAGCUGGCCAGUUUCUAGUUGGGUUUUUUUCCCGGUCAAUCCCCACUCCUAAUGGACAAUUCCCCUUCAUGAAAGCCAGUUUCGUGGCUUGGUAAAGAACUCUUGGGCGAGCCAGGAAACAUGGUGCAACGCUGGAGGCAACGCUGCUUGAGAUGGGGACCCCCUGUGUACCCGAGGAUCAUAUCUGGAGAGCCUUUGGUGGAGGCGCAGAUGGCAAGAGAACAGUGGGCAAUAUUGCCUAAACAGCUUCCAGAUAAGUGGCAGCAUGACAUGUUCGACAAUGGCUUCAGCGGCUUCAAUGGUGCUGCUGGGGGUGGCGGAGGAGCUGGUGUGGAAACUGGAGGGAAGCUCCUUGUCUCCAAUCUUGACUUUGGGGUCUCAGAUGCAGACAUUCAGGAACUUUUCGCUGAGUUUGGAACCCUGAAAAAGGCUGCAGUUCAUUAUGACCGGUCAGGAAGAAGCCUGGGAACCGCCGAUGUCCACUUUGAAAGGAGGGCAGACGCCCUCAAGGCCAUGAAACAGUACAAUGGCAUCCCACUUGAUGGGCGACCUAUGAACAUACAGCUCGUCACAUCACAGAUUGACACACAGAGGCGACCUAUGCAGGGUCUGAACAGAGGUGGUGGAGGCAUGAACAGAAGUCGUGGGGGCAGUUUCGGAGGCAUGCAGAGAGGUCGCGGGGGACGUGGUGCAGGCGGUGCCAGAGGAAAGGGUAGAGGUGGCCGCGGAGGAAGCAGCAAGCAGCAGCUGUCAGCAGAAGAACUUGACGCCCAGUUAGACGCCUACAAUGCCAGGAUGGACACCAGCUAAGAAAUGAAGCUCCUCCUGGUUGUCAUCCCUUCCUGUCUGCACAGAAGGGUGGUUGUUACAAAUGUGCAGAAUAUUUUACACAUGGUUGUCUUCUGAUGUGAUUGAAAUUAUUAUUCCAACUUCUUCUUUUAAAUGCUCCGACAUGUUUUUUACCAGUGUUUUUUUUUCCCCUUUUUUCUGAUGAAAAUGUUUGACUGUAGGUUAAUACGAAUUGGGGUUUCCCAGUUCUUUCGUCCACCCAGUAGUUACUGAGACUUGUAAUAAAAACCUGCAGUGCAUAUUAA